AUGUCUCACGAGUCGGUCUGGUAUUCGCGCCCUAGGACUUACGGCAAGGGCUCCCGCGAGUGCCGCGUCUGCACCCACCCCGCUGGUCUGAUCCGCAAGUACGGCCUCAACAUCUGCCGUCAGUGCUUCCGCGAGAAGAGCUCCGACAUUGGCUUCGUCAAGGUACGUCUUCCGUACCUUACUUCUACAAUGUACGCAAACUCACAUCGCAACAGCACCGAUAGAUUUUCUCUCUACCGUACGCUUCGAGGGCUGGAGUAG